AUUUGACAAAGACUUGGCAGAUCAUUGGAUGCCUGUGGAUCUGUACAUUGGAGGAAAGGAACAUGCAGUGAUGCAUUUGUACUACGCCAGGUUCAUUAAUCAUUUUUGCCAUGAUCAGAAGAUGACUAAGCAUAGGCCUGAGCCUUCUAUGAUGUACACUCCAGACUGAACUUGAAACCAGGGCAGCUUAGGAAGGGAAGAAGGCCGGCUGCUCCGGGCAUCAAGAGAGAUAUAUGGUCCUUGGAGGAAUAUUGGAGCCUGUGAACAUUUGGGAACCGGUCAGAGACUUUGCUUGACUUGACCUGCUCUUGGGUGGAGGAAGAUGCUGUAGAAGAGCGGCCCUGUGCUCCUGGGGAGGGGGAACAGGGGAGGUGGAAGGACCUUUCUGCCUUGAGACCCACGGACAUUGGGACUUUUCUGCUUGAGAGAGCCCCCUCCCCAUGUCCAGCGGUCCCUGUGGGUUCCUCAUCGUUUGAGAAACAGACCAGAUUGUAACCUCUUCUCCAUCUUCCCUCUCCACGGCGCUACUCUUUUGUCUCAUGUGGAUUUGAAAGCAUCUCGAGGACGGGAGGCCUCCUUGACCUCCAGGCGAAGCCAUGGCGAAGCCGGUGCGUUUGCUGGUGCCCUUGGCGCUGCUGGUGGCCUCGAUGCUGAGCCCAGGCGCAGGCGGAGCGGCCUUGGAGUUCAGCGGCACGACAGGGCAGUGGGCACGCUAUGCGCGGUGGGACGCCAGCUCCUUGGGGGAGCUGAGCUUCAGCCUCAAGACCAACGUCUCCCGGGCGCUGGUGCUCUACCUGGACGACGGCGGGAACUGCGACUUCUUGGAGUUGCUGAUCCUGGAGGGGCGCUUCCGCCUGCGCUUCACCAUCUCCUGCGCAGAGCCGGCCAGCCUGCACCUGGAGACGCCCGUCAACGACGACCGCUGGCACAUGCUGCUCUUGACGCGCAACUACCGAGAGACCAUGCUGGUGGUGGACGGCGAGGCCCGGGUCGCCGAGGUGAAGUCCAAGCGGCGCGACAUGACGGUGGAAAGCGACCUCUUCGUGGGCGGCAUCCCGCCCGACGUCCGCCUCUCGGCCCUCACGCUCAGCACCGUCAAGUACGAGAUGCCUUUCCGCGGCAUCGUGGCCAAUCUGAAAGUGGGAGACAUGCCGCCAGCGCUCUUGGGCAGCCAGGGCAUCCGCAGCGACAUGGAGUACCUGUGCACCAAACAAAAUCCUUGUGUCAAUGGUGGGAUCUGCACCGUCAUCAACAGCGAGGUGCAAUGUGAUUGCAGCCUUACCGGCUUCCAGGGGAAGUUUUGCAGUGAAGGUCCGGCUCACCUGACGCUAAACAGCCAAGGAGGGUCCCUACUCUACUCGGAAGGUGGGACAGGGAGAGGAACCAGCGAGGUGCACCAGACGUCGAAAGGCAAAACAAAAGCCUAACAGCACAGCAAGAACUUCAGAGAGGCAAGAAUCCAAAAGGACCUUUAUGAUUGACACAGGAAUGUUGAAACAGCGAGCUUUAGGCAGUAAGAGCACCUAAAGCUCCGGAGAGCUUCUGUUCAACCAUUUCAAGUUUGAGCAGUGAUGGCAUGAUCGUCAGCAUAGAAGGAAAUCUCUGUCCCUUCUGGCAGUGGUUGAUCAUUUGUAUAAAUGUUAAACAUGGAUUGCUAGAUUAUCAUUCAUAAAUCAACACUAUGAGACCAUUUCCUCCACUUAACUUCAGUGUUUGUGUGCAUAGGUGAUAUUGUGUUUGUACGUUCGUGAAACAAUGUCCUUUUUCACCAGCCCUUGGCUUUCAAGAAGCGCACACUUUCUCUCUUUCUCUCACAUUCACAACCCAGCCGUGUGAAGCGUGAAAAAUCCCAGCCUUAAUAUUUAAUUACAACGCGAGCAAUUAAUACAUUCUGUCCAGGGAGGGUGAGGGGAGACUCAAAGGGAUCGUUAACAUUAAUGAUGCAUUCAGAACAAAUAAGAUGCCAUUAAUAUACGGAGGCCCAUGGAUGUACUGAAGGGAAAAAAGAGUAAGAAAAGGGCAGCUUGUACUCUCAAUUUUAAAAUGUGUGCAUGUAUCCACAGGCUGGGCAAAUACCUCAAGUAAGAUUCCCAAGUCAGGCCAGAGUAUGGCCCAACUUCAUUCCCCAACUGGCCAAAAAUGUCCAUAAAUCAGGUCAAUCAAACUUGCAAUGUGAUCAUCUCUCUUCUUGGGCUGAACAUACCAAUUGUCUUUAUCAUGGGAUCAGACACGGGUCGAAUGAAAAGUAAUGCCUCCACCUUCGUUACUUGGGUUAGGAUGGGAAUAUUUUAAUAAAUCAAAUGCAGAAAUAAUCCUUUAAUUACCACUAUUCACUUUUCCACAUCAUCACCAGACAAUUGGAAACAUUUCUGCCAACAAUGAAUAUGUUUUCUGAAGCCGUCACGGAAGAAGUCGACACUCUGUUUCUGCAACCGGCAUCUCACAGGACCCAUCGUGCACAGAUCUUCCGAUAGCCAAGCAAAGCAAUAAUGUGACCCACACGUUCUUGUGAAAUGCCGAUUAUGCUUGAAAUUUCUCAACAACGAUCAUCCUGAAUCAAUCUGUCGACCUUUUGCUUGUGAAACUUGGUGGUUGCUGUCACAGGACGUCCAACUCUGCCACGGAAGGCAGAUGUUCUCACCUCAACAUCUUUAAACUUAUUCGCCCAAUGACUGCUUUUGACACAAUAAAUAAAUAAACUGCAAUUGCGGAGAGGUGUUUGAGAGAUCUUCCCCCUUCCCAACUUGGAUGCUUUUGGAUGCAAAAACACCUUCAAAUCUGUAUAGAUGAAGGGAAGCGAGUCUCUUCCAGACUGCAAAAUAUCCUGAGCCAACCCCCUAGGGCUUUAGGCUGGCGGGGAGAUAUCGUUUUGUUCUUUAUCGGUAUAGGUCUUAAUUCUGUUUUCAAUCUGUGUUGUAUGUUUUAAUUGGAUUUGGUUUUGUUUGAUUUGACCAAAUCAACAAAUCAAGUUUUUCUUUCCUUUCAGUUCUGGCUUGCCUUUGGGGGCUGAGGGACAAGCUGAAGCCUUUCUGAUUAAGGAGGCUUUCAAGGCCCCUUGUUGAGGUCAGCGGGUUGCUAAACCAGUGCUAAUGAUGCUUUUAUAGGCGGCUGAAGUGGGUUAGCCAGGCAACACUCAACCUCAACAAGGAGAGGGCGGGAGGUGUAAAAGCCAUUGUAAAACGCCACAAAAUAUGCAUGCACACACAUGCACCACUUGACUUCAUUCCGACAUUGCAGGCAAGACCAUGCACCGCAUCUACGAGGGUUGAAUGAAAAGUAAUGCCUCCACCUUCGUAAUUCCUCAACAGAUAACAGUCCUGGAAUGUGGCAGGUACUGGCUUGUUCAGUAGACUCUCCUCUACAGUUCCAUUUGGUCGGAAGCCUCAGCAUUGACUGGUUGUGUUGUUAAAGUGCGAAGUAUGGAACCUUGCGCAGAUGGUCGGUCAAUGUGACUUAAGCAACAUGCAGUCACUGAAUUCUUGACAGCAGAAGGUGUCACUCCAAAGGAGAUUCAUCAGAAAUUCAAGCUGUUUGGGGUAAUUGUGUUGAUGUGAGUCCUGUGCGUCAUUGGGCGAGUAAGUUUAAGGAUGUUGAGGUGGGAACAUUGUUACCAGGUGAGUGUGCAGCGGAAUCAGCAGAGUCCAGUUAACACCAUGUGCAAAAGACUCAGACCAGGCAGAGGAAUUGAAAGAACAAAAGGAAAAACUUUACUUGUUGAGUUGAAGUCAAAUAAACAGUUCAGCAAUCAUACAAUGUCCAUGUAGUUGCAUAAGAUCAAUAACCAAUCAAUCAGCAUUCAAUAUAUAUACAGCAUAGCAUAUUUAAAUCAGCUACUUGACCGUAGCCAGAGAGCCUGUCUAUUUUCUGUGCUCUCCCACCAAGCUCAAAUUCCAACUGACAAACCAACUGACAAACCAAGCCAUCUGCCAUCAAACCGAUACAUUGUUUUAGGCGUGGCUUUGCCUCUGCAAAGCUGAGCUCUUUUGCAGAGAUUUCCUGCAAACAUCUUUUGCAAGGAUUUCUUUACACACACACAUAGCAAUUUGGGGCAAUAAAUAUCUGACUUGCAUGACAAACAAAGAGUUGGAUGUCCUGUGACAGCAACCAUAGAGUUUCACAAGCAAAAGUUGACAGAUUGAUUCAGGAUGAUCGUCAUAUCACUUAGAGAGAAAUUUCAAGCAUAAUGGGCAUUUCACAAGAACGUGUGGGUCACAUUAUUUCUUUUUCUUGGCUAUUGGAAGAUCUGUGCACAAUGGGGACUGUGGGACGCUGGUUGCGGAAACAGAGUGUCAACUUCUUCUGUGACGACUUCAGAAAACGUGUUCAUCGUUGGCAGAAAUAUAUCCAAUUGUCUGGUCAUGAUAUGGAAAAGUGAAUAGUGGUAGUUAAAGAGCACAUUCUAAGGAUUAUUUCUGUGUUUCAUUUAUUAAAAUACUAGCUGUGCCCAGCUACGCAUUGCUGUGGCUAAGUUUGGUGGUAUGGAAAAUAAGGUUGUGAGGAAUUGGUGGUAGUUAGUAUAUGUGCUGUCCUAAAGCAUGUAAAUUUACAAUAUUUCUUGUUAUUCCUUGUUUUGUCUGCUGGGGGCAAGUAGGAAUGCUGCAAUUAGGCAAAAUGAUUUGAAUGUAAUGACCUUUAAGCUUCAAAGCCUGGCUGCUUCCUCCCUGGGGGAAUCUUUUGUUGGGAGGUAUUAGCUGGCCCUGAUUGUUUUAUGCCUGAAAUUUUCCUGUUGUCAGAGUGUCGUUCACACUGAACACAGUUCAAAGCAUCCCCAUUACCCUUUACUGUAAGCCCUCCCCCCGUUGUUAUUAUUAUUAGAGAGGCUCGCGUGCUGCGUCCUGCGCCACGCAUGCGCAUAUGGCCUUUUGGUGUUUUUUGUCUCUUUUAGGCGAUGUAUGUGAGUAAUAGUUUUGAUCGUGUUGUCGGAACCUAGCCACAAGAACCGUGGGUUGUGUUGCCAAGUUUCGUGUUUCUGGGUGGUUUAGUUUCGUUGUCUACUUUUAGGUAAAAAUUCCAUUACAUUUUUAUAUUUAUAGAAGAUUCCCAUCCAAACCCAAGUAACGAAGGUGGAGGCAUUACUUUUCAUUCAACCCUCGCAGAUCCUCAUACGUCUUUUGUGUCAGAACCCUGCUACUAGAGCCUGGAUGUGGCUCUGAGUUUCAGGGUCACUGACAUUGAUAAGACACCUGCGGCUCAGGACUUGGAGAAGAAACGGCUGCUGGACUUGGCGGGGAAUUUGCGCGGGGUUUUACUGAGCGGGAAGAGACUGUUCAAAUGAGGGGGAGGGUAUAUAAAGGAGGGUUGGCCGUAGUAUCCCAUUCUUGGCUUUUCUGAUGUUCAUGUUUCCUACAGUAAAAGUUCCUGGUGAUACCACA